AUGCCGGCGUCCGAAGACCUGAUCAACUUCGACGUGAUCGAAGGGCAGAAAGAAAACAUUCAGGCGCUGCCGAGCGGUCGGUCAGCCAAAAAGCUCGCCGAGCUGUUCUCGGCAUCACCGCUACACAAGAUGUCAACACCAACUCCGUCAGACACAAAGAACGUCAACGAGUGCAUCCGCGCAGAAUAUGAGGCCGAGCUCGCAAACAUCUCCGAGUCGGAUGACCCCUUGGAUGUGUUCGACAGAUACGUGCGUUGGACACUCGACGCAUACCCGUCAGCGCAAGCAACACCCCAGUCACAAUUACACACACUGCUAGAGCGCGCGACCAAGGCGUUUGUCAGCUCGGCACAAUACAAGAAUGACCCGCGAUACUUAAAGCUGUGGAUGCACUACAUUCACUUCUUCUCAGACGCGCCUCGCGAGACGUUCAUGUACCUGUCCCGGCACAACAUCGGCGAAGGUCUUGCUCUAUUCUACGAAGAGUACGCAGAGUGGCUCGAGGGAGCUGGACGGUGGGCACAGGCUGAGGAGGUCUACAAGCUCGGCAUGGAGCGCGAGGCUCGUCCUGCUCAGAGACUUGUUCGCAAGUUCGGCGAGUUCGAGCAACGACGCGCUCAGCAGCCAGAGGCGGACUCAGAUGCGCCAUCGUCUCCUGCCCUCCCCACAGUCCGACCGGCCCUGGCUGCGAAAAUUGACCCCUUUGCGGCAGCGGCUGCCGCACGGGAUCCGCAGGCCCCGAGGCCCAACCACGGCGUUGGCGGACCGGCCGCGAAGCCCGGCAAGUCCAAGCUCCAGAUCUUCUCAGACGCAGAUACCGCACCGCCGGCGAUGUCGUCCACAGGAUCCGGAUCGAAGGGAUGGGACACCAUCGGAUCACUGGCAGACAGGAAGAAGGAAAACGUGAUGGAACCAAAGCCGUGGGCGGGAGAGACGCUUCAGGCUGGUGGCAAGAAGAGCAGCGCUCCGAAGAUGUCGAUUUUCAGGGAUCCGUACCAGGUGACUGUAAAUCCUGCAAACGGUAAGAAGGAGCGCGUGUUUGUGGAUCUCCAAGCCGUCUAUCCUAGCCCGGAGGAACCAGGCACGGAGCUCAGCUUCGAGGAGAUCUGGGCGGCAAAUCGUGGAUGGCUGGAUUGCACAUGGGAAGACGAUGUGCCCGAUGAGCUGCCUGCCAUUAAGGAGAUUAAGCCAUCGGAGGUUGAUAUUCUCACUGAAGCCGUGUCUCAAAAGCUAGUUGUCCAUCAUGACGUGGUAAUGUUAGAUGAGAAUGGGCGUAUUCAGAACUACCAGAAAGACGGCCGGAGCAAGAAAAAGAAGGUGAUGGAGGUCAAUGAGACACAAAUUAUCAAGGCAAAACUGGACUCUCCGUCUGGCCGUAAGAUUCGCAAGAAGCACUCGUCAGAGCCAACCAUGACGAUACAUACCAAGGCGGCAACUGAUGACAUCUAUGAUAUCUUCAAUGCUCCGCUGAAACCAGUUACUCAAGAAGAGGAAGAGAGUGCCAGUGAUGAUGACUACGAGACGGAUGGUGACUACACUAGUGGUGCUGAGAGCACGGGGACGACCAGGCAGAUCACCACAAGUGAAGUUGGAGACGAUGAGCCAGAAGAGGUUGGCGAUGAAGAGACUUCAGACGUCAAGAGUGUGAGCGAGUGGUCUGACUUCUCAACUCGUAAGCAUGUCCCAGACCUUGGAGGCGAUGAAGACCAGAACGAUACGCAAGUCUCAGAUCUCAUCGACACAAGGGAUCCAGUUCCUUCUAGCCCGCUCUUGGACGGGUCAGGGGAUGAGGAUUUGCGCGAAGACGAAGCCGAAGAAGUCCAGACGCCAGUGGAAGACGAGUUGCCUGCUAGAACGCGGACGACUUUCAUCCCAAUUCCACCCGAAGAUUAUGAGCCUCCAACGAGACCAUGGCGAGACCCUAUUGAGGCGGCUAACAAUCGCCUUCCUUUUAUGACUCCUAUUACGGAGCGGACAGAGUCAUCUCUCGACGUCGACCCACCGAGUGAUGAGAACUAUCUGGCGGCCAAGACUCCUAGUAGGAGAGAUGCAAUGAGUGCACCUGUUGAUGAGGAUAUCGAUCUGGAGCCGCUCAGCAGUCCGCUUCGAGAAAUUAUCAACGACGCCUCACCGAAAAAAAAAAUUUCCCAGCCUUUCUUACAGAAAGCUAAGCCACCAGCUGCUAAAACGGGCGCUACAAAAGCCAUGCUUCCAAAGGGGCCAAUCGUCAAGGAUGCCCAGUGCAAUCCCGUGGACGAUGUUGUUCGUGAAGAGAUCCUGGCCAAUAUGCAACCACCACUGAGCUCAUAUUCAGGAUUCUACGACAACCGAAAGGAGAAGUACGAGAAAGGAGGUGAGAUUCGAAAAUAUGUGAAGUCAGCUUCCAAGAGCGGCCGAGCCAGCACGGACCGAACUUGCAAUAUGGGUUUCCCUGUCGUCGUACAGUUUCCAGAUACGAGGGCGCAAUACACAAUUAGGAAGGAACUCGGAGCUGGCGCAUUUGCUCCAGUGUAUCUUGUCGAGAACUCCUCUCCUGAUGGUACCCAAGAAGACGACGAAGCGCCAGUAGCAAUGGGCAAAGGUGCCUUUGCUGUGGGUCACAACCAGCGCAGCUCCCUCGAGGCUCUCAAGAUGGAGAUGCCGCCGUCCCCUUGGGAAUUCCACAUGAUUCGACUCUCCCACACCCGGCUGGGGUCUCAUCACCGUGCAACCUCAUCGAUCACCACCGCUCUCGAGAUGCACCUUUAUCAAGACGAGGGGUUCCUGUUCCUACCAUAUCACCCACAUGGUAGUCUUCUCGACGUGGUCAACCUCUUCCGUGCCGAGCCGUCCGGUGUUAUGGAUGAAGCCUUGGCCAUGUUCUUCACCAUCGAGCUGUUCCGCACCGUGGAGGCUCUGCACGCCAAGCAGAUCAUGCACGGCGAUCUCAAGGCAGACAACUGCCUCCUUCGGCUGGACCCAUUCUCGGACCACGACGUACUGAGUAGUCAAUGGCACGCAGACGGACGUGGAGGUUGGUCGACCAGGGGCGUGACGUUGAUCGAUUUCGGACGCGGCAUCGAUAUGCGCGCCUUCACCCCUGACGUCCAAUUCAUUGCAGAUUGGAAGACCAGCGCCCAGGAUUGUGCGGAGAUGCGCGAGGGCCGACCUUGGACGUGGCAGAUCGAUUACCACGGCCUAGCCGGCACCGUGCACUGUCUGCUCUUCGGAAAAUACAUCGAGACUGUCCGGUGCGAUGCCGGUGGUCUCGGAACACAGGCUGGACGCAAGUACAAGAUCCGUGAGAGCUUGAAGCGAUACUGGCAGACGGACAUUUGGUCCGAGUGCUUUGAGGUCUUGCUGAAUCCCAGCUCAUUUGUCGAAAACGAGGACGGCGCAAAGAUGCCUGUGCUCCGCUCAAUGAAGAAGGUGCGGGAGAGCAUGGAGACAUGGCUGGAGGCGAACUGCGAAAGGGGUGUUGGCCUGAAGUCUCUUAUUGCGAAGGUGGAGGCUUCUGCAAGGGGCAAGAAAUGA